AUGAAGGGCAAAUGGGGACUGGUCUCCUCUUUCCACCUCUUGCUUUGGGGUCUCCUGGCCACCAGUUAUUUUAUGUAUGGUUCAGGAGCAUUCACUUGCCCCGACGGCUGGUUUAGCCUUGCGGACAAAUGUUACGGGCUCUUCAAGAAAAAACUGAAAUGGGACGAGGCAGAGGUGGCUUGUCAAGCUCUCAAAAAGAACAGCCACCUCGCCUCCAUUAUGACUGAGCCAGAGGGGAAUUUGAUCGGUCGAUUCCUUCUUGACAAAGACAUUCAGCCUGAAGGUGUCUGGAUAGGACUAGCUGACCGCAAUGACACUGGAGAGUUUAGGUGGACAGAUAAGUCAGCAGUGAGCUACAUGAAUUGGGGCCCAGGAUCAUCUCUUGAAUAUCUAAAAGGCAGUGCCUGUGCUUUCCUGAACAGCGGAUAUGAUUAUGCGCAAUGGCUGGAUGCAGUAUGUGACCUGAAGAUGUACUACUUAUGCAUGAGGGAUGCGUCUUGAAAGCAGCUGUUCA